AUGACGAUUUUACCAGCUACGUACAUUGGAAGUCCACGCCACAUGCAUGAAUAUGCACAAGAUGCGAUUACAUAUGUUCGCCUAUACGGGCGCCCAGAUUUGUUCAUUACUUUUACCUGCAAUCCCCAAUGGAAGGAGGUAAAAGACGUUCUAUUUCCGGGCCAAUCGUCACUAGACCGUCAUGAUAUAACGACACGUGUUUUUAAACAAAAAUUGAAAUCACUUAUGAAUUUAAUUGUAAUCAGCCGUGUAUUUGGCGAGACACGUUGUUGGAUGUACUCAGUUGAGUGGCAGAAACGUGGGUUGCCACAUGCCCACAUUCUAAUUUGGUUAGUUGAUAAAAUAAGACCCAAUGACAUUGAUGACGUUAUUUCAGCAGAAAUUCCUGAGGAAGCGGCUGAUCCAGGAUUGUUUGCAGGGGUAACAAAAAACAUGAUUCAUGGCCCAUGCGGACGACUGAAACCCAACUCGCCAUGCAUGAUCGAUAGGAAAUGUUCAAAGCGAUAUCCAAGGGCGUUGAUUGCUGAUAUAACCGGAAAUGAUGGGUAUCCGUUGUAUCGUCGUCGAUCCACUGAUUUUAACGGAAAAUCUACCACCUUGAAAAUAAAUGGACAGGAUGUUGAAGUCGACAAUCGGUGGGUCGUACCUUAUUCGCCAUUAUGGUCUAAGGCGUUUAACGCUCAUAUCAACGUGGAAUACUGCAAUUCUGUCAAAUCAAUUAAGUACAUAUGCAAAUAUGUCACAAAAGGACGCGACAUGGCGGUUCUCGGUGUUACUGGUACAAAUACGAACGACGAAUUAACGCAGUACCAAUUGGGACGGUAUCCUAUUGUGGUCCAUUUGGCAGUCCACCUCGAAAAUGGCCAACGGGUAUACUUCACAACGAAUAAUGCAAUUCAGAGGCCAGAAAUUUCACCAUCUACAAAACAAGUUUAUUCGCGACGUGCCGAACCGACCCAUUUGCAAGAACGUUGCUUUACGCUGAAAUGCCGCGAUAUUACACGUGGAAUCAAUCUUCAAAAACAUUCCAACGACGCAAACAAGGAACGCCAGUUGCAGGCCAUCCGGGUGUCUUUUCAACAGAUGCUUAAUGUUCGUGGACCGACAUCGUUCAUAUCUGUGAGAACAGUGCGCGGCGAAGUGUUUGCAACAUAUCGUGAAGCAUGCCAAAAGAUACAAUUGCUGGAAAAUGAUAUGCAUUGGGAAUAUACGUUAGCUGAUGCAGUACAAUCAUCUUAUCCACAUCAACUACGGACGUUAUUUGCAAUCGUGAUAUCGACAUGUUUUCCUUCAAACCCCAUCAAUUUAUGGGAAAAAUUUAAGGACCAUUAG